AUGGAGACACCUCGUCGUAAACCGUCGCCACCUCCUCCACGAUUGAGUAAACUCAACGCUUCUAAAUCCGAUGGCACUUCUUCCUCUUCCUCCAUCCCAAACACUCGUUCUCCUCAGACAGUUAACUCAAAGCCUGCUCGGACUUCUAGACUUCCUACACCCGAAAAAGUGCCAUCACGGUCAGUAAAAGAUUCGGAGCUGACUAAAAUUCAGGAGGAUUUGAAGAAAGCUGAGGAGCAAAUAGCAUUGCUCAAUAAAGACAAAGCUAAAGCCGUAGAUGAUCUUAAAGAAGCCAAUGAGAAACUCAGAGAGGCAUUGGCAGCUCAGAAACAAGCUGGGGAGAGUUUCCAGGUCGAGAAACUCCGAGCUGUUGAAGCUGUUCAAGAAAAGGAAGAAACGUCGAGGAAUGAGCUAGAGUCUAUCAGGAACCAGCAUGCGUUGGACAUGUCAGCUCUCCUCUCUACCACAGAAGAACUCGAGAGGAUUAAACAUGAACUGGCUGUUACUAAAACUAAGGCGGUAAGCAAUGCAGAGGAAGCCACCAAGAUUGCUGAAAUCCAGGCUGAGAAGGUUGAGAUUCUUUCUUCUGAAUUGGUCCGGUUAAAGGCAUAUCUCAGUUCAAAGGAAGAGAAGGAAGCUAUUGAAGGUAAUGAGGUCGUUUCUGAACUCAAGUCUGAAAUUGAAAUGUUGAGAAAGGAGCUUGAUAAGGUUAGCAUCAUUGAGACUAGGAUGAAAGAGAAAGAAGGAUCUAUUGAGAAGCUGAACUUUGAUCUAGAGGCUGCUAAAAUGGCUGAGUCUUCUGCUAAUAUUUUAGCAGAAGAAUGGAAGAAGAAGGUUCAUGAACUUGAAAAGCAAAUUGAAGAAUCAAAUCGAUCUGCUUCAGAGUCUAUGGAAGCUGCUAAAGCUGCUGAAUCUUCUGCUAAUAUUUUAGCAGAAGAAUGGAAGAAGAAGGCUCACGAACUUGAAAAACAACUUGAAGAAUCAAAUAGAUCUGCUUCAGAGUUUAUGGAAGCUGCUAAAACUGCUGAAUCUUCUGCUAAUAUUUUAGCAGAAGAAUGGAAGUACAAGGUUCAUGAACUUGAAAAACAACUUGAAGAAUCAAAUAGAUCUGCUUCAGAGUCUAUGGAAGCUGCUAAAACUGCUGAGUCUUCUGCUAAUAUUUUAGCAGAAGAAUGGAAGAAGAAGGUUCAUGAACUUGAAAAGAAACUUGAAGAAUCAAAUAGAUCUGCGUUAGAGUCUAUGGAAGCCGCUAAAACUGCUGAAUCUUCUGCUAAUAUUUUAGCAGAAGAAUGGAAGAAGAAGGUUCAUGAACUUGAAAAGCAACUUGAAGAAUCAAAUAGAUCUGCUUUAGAGUCUAUGGAAGCUGCUAAAACUGCUGAAUCUUCUGCUAAUAUUUUAGCAGAAGGAUGGAAGAAGAAGGUUCAUGAACUUGAAAAGCAACUUGAAGAAUCAAACAGAUCUGCUUCAGAGUCUAUGGACUCUUUUAUGAAGCAGCUGGCUGAAUGUAAUCAGGUGCUGCAUGAGACGAGGUCAGACAAUGCUGCACAAAAAGAAAAGAUUGAAGAUCUAGAGAGAACAAUUGAAGCGCAGAGAAAAGAUCUUGAGGAAUAUGGACGACAAGUUUGCAUAGCAAAGGAAGAAGCUUCUAAGAUGGAAAAGGUUGUUGAAUCAAUUAAAUCUGAGCUUGAGAUCUCUCAAGAAGAGAAAACAAAAGCAUUGGAAAAUGAAAAGGAACUUUCAGUAGAGUUGGAGCGAUGUAAGAUGGAAGAAGAGACGAGCAAGAAAGAAGUGGAGAGCUUAGCUUUGGCUUUGCAGAAAGCAUCUAAGGAAGCAAAGGAAGCACAUGAGGAGCUCGAGCGCUGUGAAGCCCAAGUUGAAAGUUUGAAGGAGACAAAUGAAAAGUAUGAAAAAAUGCUUGAGGAAGUAAAAACAGAAAAUGCUAGUCUUAAAAGCGAUCUAGAUAGCAAAUUUGAGAACUCUAAGGCCGUGUGGGAACAGAAAGAGCUUCAUUUGAUGGGACUUGUGACGAAAUCAGAAGAGGAAAAUUCGUCUUUGCAUGAAGAAGUAAGCAAGUUGAUGAAUCUGCUCAAAGAAAGCGAAGAAGCCAGUCUCAAAAAGAAUCUCAAGGAAGCUGAGGGGGAGAUAAAGUAUCUACAGGAAACCCUUGGAGAAGCAAAAGCCGAAAGCAUGAAACUGAAAGAGAGCUUGUUGGACAGAGAAGAAGAGUUGGAGAAUGCCGUGGCAGAAAACAAGAGCCUCAGAGAAUGGGAAAGUUCUGUACUCGAGAAAAUGGAUGAGUUAUCAAAGGUUAAAGAAGCCUUAGUUAAUAAAGAAACCAAGCUGUUGAGCAUUACUCAAGAAGCGGAGGAGCUGAAAGGAAGGGAAGCUGCUCAUUUGAGGCAGAUAGAGGAGUUGUCAAUGGCAAAUCAAGAAAGUGAGGAACUAAGAGAAAGUGAAGCUGCUUAUCUUAAAAAGAUUGAGGAGUUAUCAGUGGCCAAUGAGAGCUUGGUUGAUAAGGCAACGGAUCUGCAAAGGCUCAGAGAAAGUGAAGCUGCUUAUCUCAAGAAGAUUGAGGAGUUAUCAGCGGCGAAUGAUAGCUUGGUUGAUAAGGUAACGGAUCUGCAAAGGCUCAGAGAAAGUGAAGCUGCUUAUCUCAAGAAGAUUGAGGAGUUAUCAGCGGCGAAUGAUAGCUUGGUGGAUAAAGAAACAAAACUGCAGUGCAUUGAGCAAGAAGCUGAGGAGCUCAGAGAAAGGGAGUCUGUUCAUCUGAAGAAGAUUGAGGAGUUGUCAAAGGCGAAUAUGAGCUUGGUUGAUAUGCAAAGUAUUAUCCAAGAAAGAGAUGGCUUCAAAGAUAAGGAGGCUGCUUAUCGUAAGAAGAUUGAAGAAUUGUCAGCAGCCAAUGAGCGCUUGAAUAAAAGCCUAGUUGAGAAAGAGACCAAACUGCAGACUGUUCAGGAAAAUGAGGAACUGAGAGAGAGUCUGCGUAUGUUAAAAAGAUUGAGGAGUUGUCAAAAAUGCAUGAAUCCAAACUCCAGGGUUCCAUACAAGAAAGAGAGGAGCUCAAAGAAAGAGAGACUGCUUAUCUCAAGAAGAUUGAGGAGUUGUCAAAGGUGCAAGAGGAUCUUCUUAACAAAGAAAAUGAGCUGCACGAGGAUAGAAGAGUUAUCAAACUUCAAUAAAGGUUUACUCGUGAAAGAAAACGAGUUACAAGCUGUCAUUUGCGAAAAUGAGGAGCUGAAGUCCAAGAAGGUUUCAUCACUCAAGAACAUAGACGAGUUAUCAGAUCUUAAUAAGAGUUUACUUCUUAAAGAAACGGACCUGAAGGCCGCAAUCGCUGAAAACGAGAAGCUCAAGGCUGGAGCAGCCUCUUCCCUUCAGAGAAUUGAAGAGUUGACAAAACUUAAACAGAGUUUGCUUGACAAGCAGAACGAAUUCCGGAGAGUCUUACACGAAAACGAGGAGCUUAAGGCCAAGGAAGCUUCUUCUUUGGAAAAGAUUGAUGAGUUGUUACAUCUUGAGCAAAGUUGGUUUGAUAAAGAAAAUGAGUUUCAAAGAGUUACUCAAGAAAACAAAGAGCUUAAAUCACGUGAUGCUUUAGCAGCAAGGAAAAUAGAGGAGUUGUCGAAGCUUAAAGAGAAUUUAAUUGAUGAAAAGACUACCAUGCAGGAUAACAAUGAGCUAAAGGGCAGGGAAGCUGCCUCUCUUGUGAAAAUGGAGGAAGCUUCUCCUACCAAAGAGAUACCAGUUCUUGGAAAUGGCAUUGACAACGAUUAUGACUUGGUUCAGUUCUCUGAGGUAAAUGAUUCCGGGAGUGAGGAGGAAAAGACAGAGACCGAUGUCAGAGAACAUAAGGUACAAGAAAGUCCAAUGGAAGCAAUUCAUAGAGCAGUUGAUAGUGUUGAAGAAGGAAAAGUAGAGAAAGAGGGUGUGGAGACUGAGUUCAAGAUGUGGGAGAGCUACAAGAUUGAAAGAAGUGAAGUAUCUGCAGAGAGAGAAACAGAGAUCGACUCUGUGGAAGAGGAAGUUGAGUUGAAAACAGAAGAAGGUGGUGAGAACUUGGAUCAGUUCCCUUCAACAGACCACACAGAAGACUCUGGAGAUUUGCUCUUGAAGGAACAACAUAUGAUGAAGAAGAAGAAACCUUUGCUCCGGAAAUUUGGAAACCUGCUUAAAAAGAAGAGUACAAGCUGCAGCAGCAGUAGCAGUCACAAGUAG